ACGACGAUGGUAACGCUCAACAAGCCGGAUCUACCCUCUCAGCAGCAGCUCCGGCGUUCGUACCUUCCGCCCCUUCUUCGGCGGCGCCCAAGAUCCCAGCCAAGAUCGAAGCCAACGUGCACAAGCUCAUCGCUGCCGGCUUGUCGGACGCGACGAUCAACGCGAGGUUGGCUAGUACGGCGGCUACGCACGGGUUGAGGCCUUAUCAGUUCAAUAAGAGCCAGUUGGCGCUGGCGAGGGCGAACUUUGAGGCUCUGAAGCGGGGGGCUUUGGGGGCCAAGUUGGGGGAGGCGAGCGCGACUACAGGAGCGGGUGCGAUUGCAGGAGCAGGCUCUUCUUCUUCGACGACGACGAUGAUGACGGGGGAUACUCGACCGGUCAAGCCGAUCCCGGCUAAACCCCUGUCGAUGCGAGCGGGAGCCAAGACGUAUCUCCCUGAACAGGCGAAGGUGCCCAAGACCAAGGAGGAGAAGGAGAAUAGUCGGAGGUUGAUCGUCGUCUUGUCCAAGGCCUGCCUCGAAGUUUACCGAUCGAACAGACCUUCUCAAUCCGGAGCUCAGGUUAGGGAUACGUUGUUGAACUGUGACGACCAUCAGGGGUUCUUGGCCAAGGAGGGGAGAGAUAUCGCGGAUGCUAGACCGGAUAUCACUCAUCAGUGCCUGUUGACCCUCCUAGACUCUCCGUUGAACAAGGCCGGACUGCUGCAAGUCUACGUACAGACCGCCAAGGGGGUCUUGAUCGAGAUCAACCCGAGCGUGAGGAUCCCGAGGACGUUCAAGAGGUUUAGCGGGUUGAUGGUGCAAUUGCUACAAUUGCAUUCGAUCCGGGGGAACAAUGGGCCCGACAAGUUGUUAAAGUGCAUCAAGGGGCCGGUGACGAAUUACCUGCCGACCAAGUGCAUCAAAUUGACCCUCUCGGCCGACGCGGAACCGGUCAAGUUGUCCAACUACGUCACCACCCUCCCGGAGACGCAUUCGAUCGCCAUCUUCAUUGGAGCCAUGGCCAGGGGUGAGGACAGCUUUGCGGACGAGGUCGUCGAUCAGAAGAUUUCGAUCAGCAAGUACAGCUUGUCGGCGUCGGUCGCUUGUGGCAAGUUUUGUUGUGCGAUCGAGGACCUCUGGGAUAUCGUCUAGUACGUUGGCGAGCCGUGUUUGUGUUCGACUUUUUAUCUUUUCUGUUUGUACCAAAAUAGAGAAUCGCUCGUGGAGUAUGUACAACAUAUUGAAUUCUGGAUACGUUCGUG